CAUUUGCAAUCGAUUUUCAUUUUGGUGUUCAUUUUUGCCUUGUCCAUCGGAUCCAAAAUUUGCGUUCAAAAUGCUGUCGCGAUUGGUCUUCGGCUCAAGGAGUGUAUGGAAGGCAGCCAAUGGUCUGAAGCCGAUGGCGAUGCGACCCAUGUCUUCGUACCCCCGCGUUGAGGAUAACCUCAAUCCUCCACUUCUGCCGCAACUGACGGACGUCGUUGAAGGCGAACGCUUUGACCCGAAGAAGCAAUCGCUCGAAGAGUUUCUUAACGUGCGAUUUGGUCCCGAAAUGGCGACCAUUAACGACGAUAAGAAGCCGGAGCGCGAUGUGAAGAACUUCCCGCGCGUACCGGUGCCCAUAUGGCCCGACAGGACACGACUCUAUAUGUUACCCGAGUCCUGGUUUGACUACUUCUACCAGAAGACAGGAGUGACGGGUCCUUACGUUUUCUUUGGAGCCUUCGGAACGUUUCUC